CCGGCGCUGCGCGGCGCGGGGGGUGCGCCAUGGCUGACAGCGGAAAACCCUCGGCGGCUCCGGCCGCGGCCCCUCCGGGCUCGCCGGCGCAGGAGCGGCGGACGGGCGGCUCUGCCAGCGCGGGCACCGCCGGGGCGGAAGGCGCGGCGGCCAUGCCGCGGCUGCCGUUGGGCAGCCCGGGCGGGGCGGCGGGGAUGUCGCUGCCGCGGCUGGAGAAGCCGAUCAAGCAGGCCUUCUACAACACCGGGGCGCUGCUGUUCGCGGGGCUGUGCUGCGGCGCCGCCGUCCUGGUCUACUUUAUCCUAGAGGCCUUCCUGCGGCCGCUGCUCUGGGCUGUGCUCUGUGGCACCUUCCUGCACCCCUUCAAGAGCUCGCUGACGGCGCUGGGCCGCCGCUGGCUCGGCCGCCUGCAGCGCUCCCGCACGCCCGUCCUGCUGGCCGCCCUCCUCCUCCCCAUCUGCUUCGCCAACUACGGCGUGGAGGCGCUGGGCGAGCAGGUGCUGCGGCGGCGGCGGCUCCUGCUGAUCCUGGGCGCCGGGGGGCCGCUGCUCUACGGGCUCUACUGCCUGGGCAGCUCCCUGGGCGUGCAGGUGCUGCUGGCCCAGGCCGGCUGCUUCAUCUGCCAGGGGUUGGACUACUUCAGCAGCCAGUGGAUAUGGACCUUGGUAGUUGGUUACCUGCUGAUGGUUUCAUUCAAGUGGAAUAUAAGCACUGAACGUUACUUAAAAGCAAUCUCUGUUCCUGUCUGGAUUAUGCUGCUCUUUCACUUAGCUUCUGUGGCAGGUUCCUGGAGAAUCCCUGUGUUUCUGAUAAUAGUUUUUUUGAUGACUGUAGGCAUGUUGUAUGAACAGCAGAAUGGAAAGGAGUCUUCUGGGGCAGAGCUUCCUGGUCAGAUGAUUUCCAUUGCUGCUUCAACAAUUGCCAUGGCAAUUUCAAUGACAGAAGAUGAGUCCAGUAGUGAACAUUCCUCAAAACCCUCAGGUGAACGGACAGAAGGUGAUCAGCCUCCACAAGCUUCAUCAUCUUUUUCCUCCUCUUCAUCCUCUUCUGGGAGCAGACAAAGAGCUGAGAUUGGAUCUUUUCUUAGAAAAAAGAAAACUAGUGAUAUUUACUUCGUUACACUUGUUUGGGCCAUUGUCAUUGUCCAGAUCUGGCUAAAUUUCUGGAUUGUGCAGCUGUUGCCAGUGCCUCUUUCUGUUUGGGCACUUAAAAAGCUCGUGGUUCAUUUUGGAGUUUUGAACUUCCUGGCAAACCAUUGCAAAAGUUGGUGGCAACUUGUUGAAAAUUUUGUUAAAGAACGUCAGGAAGCUCUUGCUCCACGGCCCAUCAGAGGGCUUGGAAGAGUCAUGUUAAAGCUUGACAGUAAGCUGUGGCACUGGCUUAAUAAGAAGAUGAUCGUGUGGUUGGAGAAAAUGCUAGAUAAAAUAAUCAGCAUUUUCAUAAUAUUUUUGCUAGUAAUAGGAACCCUUCUGCUAGCCCUACUCCUUACUGCAAAGGUACAUCAAGAGAGUGUUCACAUGAUUCAAGUCACAAGCAGCUUGAUCAAUGAGACGGUAGCCAGUCACCCAGAAUGGGCAAACUGGCUCCCAGAAGCCCAGGUUAUUCAGAAGGCACUCAAUUCAGCAGUUAAUAAUGUAUACCAAUAUGGCCGAGAAUGGAUUACACAUAAGCUCCAUAAGAUUUUAGGAGAAAAAGUGAAUAACACCGCUAUGAUUGAAAAACAAGUGCUAGAGCUCUGGGACAGGCUUUAUCACUCUUGGUUUGUGAAGAAUGUAACACAUUCUGGAAGACACAAAGGACACAAAUGGCACAUAAACCGUCAAAACAGCUGGCUUGGUGAUAUUCUGGACUGGCAAGAUGUUGCAUCAUUUGUUCAUGAGAACAUCGAAACAUUUCUUUCGAUCCUGGAGUCUUUGUGGAUAGUGAUGAGUCGCAACGUGAGCCUCUUGUUUACUACAGUUACAACAUUAGUGACGAUCCUCUUCUAUAGUGGGACAGCUCUUCUCAAUUUUGUGCUUUCAGUGGUGAUUUUUCUGACCACACUGUUCUACCUGUUGAGUUCCAGUGAUGAGUACUACAAGCCAGUAAAGUGGGUGAUAAGCCUGACACCUUUGUCUCAGCCAGGUCCCUCCUCAAAUAUAGUGGGUCAGUCUGUGGAGGAAGCAAUAAGAGGUGUAUUUGAUGCUUCCCUCAAAAUGGCUGGGUUCUAUGGACUCUACACUUGGCUGACUCACACUAUAUUUGGGAUUAACAUAGUCUUCAUACCAUCUGCAUUAGCAGCAAUCCUGGGAGCAGUGCCGUUUCUGGGUACAUACUGGGCAGCCGUCCCUGCAGUCCUAGAUUUGUGGCUUGUGCAAGGACAGGGAUGCAAAGCCAUUUUGCUCCUGGUCUUUCACCUCUUGCCAACCUACUUUGUAGAUACAGCAAUUUAUUCAGAUAUAUCAGGAGGUGGCCAUCCUUACCUGACAGGUCUUGCAGUAGCUGGUGGAGCAUAUUACCUGGGGCUGGAAGGAGCCAUCAUAGGACCAAUUCUACUUUGUAUACUUGUGGUUGCUUCCAAUAUAUAUAGUGCCAUGUUGGUGAGUCCAACAAAUUCAGUGCCCACUCCAUCACAAUCAGCAUGGCCAUUACAGAUUUACCGGUCAUCUAGAGAGAGUCCUGAGGAGGUUAAAAUGGCUGCAGAGUGAUGAAGGUGCUGUGCUGCACCUAUUGAACAUUAGAGAAUCACUGUCUUCUGUCUGGAGUUCCCAACAGUCAUGGCCUUCUGUCCCUUUCCAGCUGUGCCUAGGGGCAGCUCACAGGAAGCAUAGCAGCAUAGCUUGGGUUUUAACAGAAACUACUUCUUGAACAUCAGCUGGCCUUACAUUAUUAUGCACUUUGCUUCCUCAGGAGAGAAUGUCUACUUCCCAUGGCUUUGCAUACCAACACACAGUUCAGCUGCCUUGUUGAACACCUUGAAGACCUUUGUCUUCAUAAAAAGAAUAGUUAAGAGGACAGGUAUAUCCACUGGAGUAGUAAUCUUGUCUGCAAAAAUGACUAACUUGGCUUUUAUUUAUUGGGUUAUUUGUGUUAUUAAAUUGUAGUAGCUUUAAAGAAAGCUAAUUCCAAAAUAAUUUAUUUUCAGUUAAUCUGGUGGCAAAAAAAGGUGUAAACCACUUACUGAUAAAUGAAAGUAGAAUAUAAUUAUUUGCUGCUCCUCUCUUUGGAGGCUUUGACCAUCACCUGUAACUCAUAAUAACACUAUAUGCACUGAAAUUUAAUGUUGUUGGAGACUGGUAUUUCUAAUAUCUUCCUGAAAUUAAUAGACGUGCAAAUUGUUAAAUGUGGAUUUUCCUCAUAUUGCAAUAGGAAGACUUAUUUAAAUAGUUUGAAUCUUUUCCUCAUUUGCAGUGAAAUCUGUUAAUAUUUUGCUGUUUACCCACCAUCCCAGUGGAGUCAUCUUGUCAACUAAACUUAAUCAAAGACCUUGAAUGUUUUCAGGCAGAGGUAAUGUACCUCAUCUGCUCAUCUGGAAGUCACGUCUGCUUCCAGUAAUAGGAAGAAGUUGAACGGGGAUUGUUGAAUGUUGUUUUUCAAGUGCUGUGGCAGAGUUCAAACUUUUCAAACAAAUUUAUUUCCAAAGAGGAAGGGGAAAGAGCAUGAAUUUUGGUUUAGUUUAGUUUUAGUUGGGUUUUUUUCCCCUGUAGGCCCCUGGCCAAAUAUCAUAAUAAGAUAUAUCUUAUAUAUUAAGACAAAUCUUAAUAAUAAAUGGAGCUCUUCAAUUCCUGAAAUGGUGUCUUGCCUAGGUCACAGCAUCAAACUCCUCUAGUGCUUUUCUUCCAUAUCUAAUUUUGCUUAAAUUGCAGUUUUAGUGACAUUUAAGGCCUGUUGUAUUGAUUGUUGAAAUACUUUGACACAAUGUAUCUUUAUAAAUGUAUCCUUCCUAUAAAUAGGAAGUAGGGGUUUUGGUAGGAAUCUCAUACUUGAACAGCUUUUCCACAAAUACAGUGAGGCCCUGGGUACAAAGUAGCAAACGCACAUGCUUAACCAAAGAAUCACCUUUCAGUUUCUAGUAAUGUCUCUUGAAUUUAUUUCAGAGUUUGAUUGAUAAAGAGUUAUAUGAGAUCCAGGCAUGUCUUGUAUUUAUUGUUGAUGGUAAUGCAACCGUUGGAGCAAAAAUCUAUUCUUAUCUAGGGAUAAGGGUAUCUAAGAUUUGUGUACAAACAGCUCUUGGUAAUGUGGGUGUUUGUUUUACUUGAGUUGCAGAAGUGCUGGUAGAUUUGGAAGGCUCUUAUUUUAAUGAUAUUGCAUGUAUUUUUCAUUGUUUCUGAAAAUACAUUGCCAUAGAAAGGAAUUGGACAGUAUCUCUGAUACUUCCUAAGCAAGGAAGGGCUGCUAUAGGUUUGCAAUAAACAGGCUGCCUAUUAAGACACAAAUAGCCAACUCCUCCACUUCUCAAAAUUAGCUGCUGCAGUUUCGCUGAUGAAAUUUUAUGCUUAAAUGGGGGGGGGUUUGAGUAUGAUGAUUUUACACCUGCAAACUUGCAGGUGUGUGUUUGCAUGGCGGACUCAGGCUUAAGUUAGUGGUUUGACUCAAGUCAUUGAAAUACAGAAACAUGCCAUUUAAUAUUUUAAAUUCUGAAAGACCUAUCCAUCAAUUCCAACUAACUGAAUAGGAAGAAUAUAUUGCUUGAACUAAGUAACUGUCCGGUGCUUAUUUAUUUCCUUGGUUUUGUGGCUCACGUAGAAUCUUCAAUGAAACACAUACUUAUGAUUGCUGCUGGCUAGAGUGGAGGAUGACAAAGAACCUGAGGGUGUCCCUAAGUAUUUCUGCAGCAUUCUAACCAGCUUGAAUACUGUGAUACUUGGGAAAUUUCAUUGAUAUACUACUUUUUUGUAGUUCACAGUUUUGCACUGAAAUGUUGUGUUCUCACUAUAGCUUCUUGUUGACAGCAUUUAAAGAAGAUUACUAGCAAGAAAUAUGCAUCUUUAAUGUAUUUCCAGUUUUCCAGUGCUCCUCUUUGCUCACUGGUCAAGACAUUUGUAUUGUCCACAUUUGCUAUCCCAGUUAUUUCUGAGACAAUCUUUCAGAUUCCUAUAGUAGUCACUAUAGUAAUUUGAGAAUGUCAUUAUAAAGCAUUCUUUUUUUUCUAAGUUUUCUUCUUCUCCCUCCCAUUUCACCUGACCUCCUUAAAUCAAAGAAGGGUCUCUGCUGCGAAAACUAAAAUGACAUUUCAGACACAGUUAGCUUCAGUAAUGGCAAAUCAGUAAAAUCAGAUGAGAAGAUAUGUUCUUAUUAUGAAAUGUUUCUUUCCCAACAUGAAGAGAAACCAUUUUGUAUAGAGAAUUUGUAUCUGAUGUAGUCUAGUUAGUUUGCCCUCCUUUGCCAUGGGGCUUCAUAGUGAUGCUUCCUGUUUCAAAUUCUUCUAAGACUUGCCAUGAAGAGCCAUCCAUAGUACAGUCUUUCUCAGUAAAUGUAGCUUAAGGAGCUCAUGCUAUGUGCCAUGCCUGGUGGAGGAACCAAUUGUAUGGUUCAGUGGUGGUACCAUAACAGUAUACUGUUGGAAAGAAGAAAUAAAACCGUGAAUUAAUACCUUCUUAGAAUAUGAAAUAUUCAUUGGAUUUUGCCAUGCUCAAAAAAACCCCCAAAACAACAACAAAAAACCCCUACAAAACACUACGUUAUGAAAAAAGCAUACCUUGAUUAUUUAAGGGUUUAAGUGUGUAAUUACUAGUAGAAAUAGAAGAACUUGUCCUUGCAUAUUUAACAACCUGUAUUCUUUUCUGAAAAGACUCAGCCUGUUUAAGAACAGUUUAUCUUAGGUCAAUCUCAGAUUAAUGUGAAAAUAAUCAAACUGGUCAUUUUGACUUGUCGUCAUUGUAACAUACCAGUUCAUGGUUAUGUUGCCUCAUCUGUAAAAGCAACCAGCAGCUCCUGGCAUAAGCUCUCGGAUGGCUUGUGGGUUUAAAAAAAAAGGGGGGUGAGGGGGUGGGAAACUCCUUGUAUCCCCUUUUCUGUAGUGGCAGUAAAGUACAGUUUUCUUAGGAGAGACCAUCUUUUCAUAAUGCUUAUAGGCGAGAAGUUGAUGGCCUUCAGCUUUACUGUAAACAGUCAUUCCAGGCGCAGGUAUUUACUCGUACGUUUAGUACAUUUAGUAUUCCAUUUGAACAAAACUAAUUUGAACAAAACCAAUUUAGAAUUCAGAAGGGAAUGCUUGUAGUAAACCAAGACAGUGUGGUCUCAUGGUAUUGUGAAAUAUAACUGUGCUGUUUUUAUCAUUCUCUUUUAGCAAAUCGGGCUUCUUGCAAGUAAGUGGAGUGCCAAAGGGCUAGUGAUAACUGCUGCUUGUGCUGAGUCGAAGUUCACCCUUACUCCCCUUCCUGUAUCUUAGCUGAAUGUUCCUGCACUGUAGCAUAGCUAACAGAAGUGCGUGUGUGCCAGUUUACAUCCCAGCAUGUUAACUUUGGGUCACUGUAAAUACUGGCUUAAUUGAAUACAUGAAGCAACAAACUGUAAUGGGUGAGAAUCUGGCACACAUUCGUUUUGCCAGCCUUACUGCAGUAUGGUAACUUUUAACACAGGUGCACCAUGACCGGUUGGGAGCAGUAAUGGCUUAUUUUGAAAGACUGCUUAAAAAAAAAAAAAAAUAGUUUAACAUUAUAGUCAUACAUACAGUACACAUAUUUCAUAAAUUGAUACCCACGUAUCUAAUAACAGAGACAGCAGUCAGAUAUUUUCAUGCACAAUGGUAUGUAUUUGCAGCUCAUCUAGGGUACAUGUAGGCUUGCUGAUUUCAAGGACUAUGUGGCUUCUCUUGAAGACUUUGGGGAAGAAGCUAUAUGUAUUUUGUCAGUGAUUACUGGAUUAGGAAAUCCAUAAUCCACUUAAUUAAAAUAAUAAAAGAGCAUUGUGUAGGGAAAAUUGGAUGCUCUCUCCAGUAUUAUACAUGGUGGGUAUCAGUGUAACUUACGAAAUAGGUAUUAAAUGUUAAAUGUUGUUUUUCAAAAAGCCUGAAAAUACAAAGUGGGUAAAAUUGUUCCCCAGUGAAAGCAGCAGCAGGAUUGUCGUGCCGCUAAUCCCUGUACUGGUGACAGAAUAUUGCAGAGAGUGCUGCCUUCCCUAUGGACCUGAUAGACUAAGGGUGGGAAAAUACCAUUGUCCUACUGACUUUGUAGUUUUGUAUCAGUGGUAGAAGAUGCUCCCACAACUGCCUUUAUUCACACAUUAUGUUCAUGUUAUUGUGGCUUGAGUUUGUCACUGCAGAGAGCACCACCUUUAUGGACACUACCUCUGGAAACAGCUACAACUUCCUUCAGAAGGUGCUGAAAGCUGUUGGGAUUGUAGUUAGUAUUCAUUAUGUCCAAUAGUGGAGGUAGCAUUCUUCUAAAGAUGCAGUUGUUUGCCUUGAAGUUUUCAAUUUCACAAGAGAAAACUGAUUUCCCAGCUGAAUAACCUUUAUUGAGUGACAGCUGACAUCUCUUAAAUCCAUGGAUGCAUCAUCUUUAUAAACUGUCUUGGCUUGUAUUUCAAACGGUUUCCUCUUACCACUAUUUCUUACACUUUUUGGUAAAGUGUACUUUAGCAAUUCUCAUUUCUAUUUCUACAAAACUAGAAUUGCCUAAAAGUGUUAACAAACAGUCAGAAGUGAUAAGCAUAUUCAGGGAUUCUACAUUGGGUUUGUAAAUGGAUAUAUUGAUAUACAGCGUUAUAUAAAUAUGAGCAGUGUCUGUCCUAUUCAGACUUUAACUGAAAUUUUGUCCUAUUUUUUUUGAAGAUAUCUGAGAACAAAACAGUGCCUAUAUAUAGUGAAAACAAGCAACAUUUUUCUUAAAUUAAUGUCUUCUUGAUAAAGGUUGGGGGAAAGCCAAGCAAAUACUGGUAGGGUGACUAGAACAGUUUUGUUGUCAUUAAUAUAAAGUUGGGAAAAGCUAUUCUUCCAUCUAGUAAUACAUUGCUAAGUGAUUACUGUUCCUGGAAGUAUUUGCACACAUCUGCUAAAGACCUGCCAAAAUUUAUGGGUCAUGAAAUAGUGUCUUCAUUAUUAUUUUAACCUCUUCCACACCUCAUCUAGUAUUUUGUUUCAAAUCUGGUUUAAUACAAGUACAUGAGAGUAUUGCUUCAUCUUCUUUUGGGAUGGAUUCCAGGACCUGAAAAGCAUGCUUUGAAUGUCCACACUGAUAUGGUACGUCCAGUUCAGGAAGGAAUUGCUAAUUGGCAAGUAAAUGCAUCCUUGAUGUGCUCUGCAUAUGGAUGGGCUUGGAUAAACAUAAUUCAUGUUGCGUUGAAUUAGAGAUUAUUCUUUGAAUUAUAGCACUGUAUGGUGAUACUAAAGCUAGAGUUGUGUUAGAAGCAGGGUAUAUCUGCUUGCAGCAGGAUGCAUUUGUAAGCUUAUAAAGACAGAGUGAGUGCUCUAACAUCCACAUAUAAGAAGAAUUUUCGUCGUGAUGGUGUGUAGCAAAAAUGUUGAUUUCUUUUCCUAGCCUCACUUUUUGUCACUUGACUGUUACAUACAAUGAUCCAAUGAGCACCUAAAGUCAAAGUAACUUUUUAUGGUAUUGGUGUAGAUUAAAUGCAAGAGGAAUCACAAAGCCAAAUAGUAGCCACAGAACAAAAGUUCACAGAGCUUAAAAACUGGCAUCCAGGCCAUAAGGGGAGGGAAUCAAAAUCCGCAUUUUGGGCCCCUUUCUGCCAGUCUCAGCCCAAAACUGAAGCUUUUUCAAGAAGUAUCAGUAAGAAAUAUUUUUGUGGUGUUUGUAUCUUCCUGCCUGUGUAGAUCAAUGUUUUCAGUUUCCGUCAUCUGUCAUCACUUGUAUGUUCUGCAAGCAUAAAAUUUGUUUGGAUUGCUUACCUUUAAAAUGAAUUUUCUAUGCUUCAAUGAUUGUUGGAAACCAACUUUUUAUACCAAUAGGUGUUUACCUAUACAGAUAAUAUAUAUAUAUGUAUGUUAACUAGUGUUUGAUGUUUUAUUCGGAAGAUUAGGGAAGGUUUUUUUUUUCCUUUGGUAAAUCUCACCAAACCAAAUCCAAAGAAAGCUUUGACACCAUGUCCUGAGACUGGCUAGACCCUACUUAAACCCAACAGCAUAUCUUUCACAUUAUGGAGCACGGGUGGUUCUAAAGCGUGCAUUCCGACCCAGCACCUGUGGGGAUCUGGAGCAAUAACUUCUACUGUUUGUUGACACAAAUUUUAUUUUUAACUGUACAUGUGAUACAUCUUCAGAGUGGAACGAUGUUCAAAACUGGUGUUAUCAUAAUUGGUUUUGGUACGGUACCUGGUUUUGCAUGUAUAAUAUUGAAAAUAUAACCCCUGUGUCCCUCUGUGGCGGAACAAAACGUGUGAGUUAAAAUUGAGAAAUACUUGUGUGGACUGCAGAGGUAUUUAAACUAUUUUGAUUGUAUGCACCAGUCCUCUUCCUAAUAAAAACGUUUUCUUUGUAGCAGGUUUAAAAAGCUUUUAACUUAAUAUUGUAUUCACACAGCAGUCCUUUGUAAGCACAGAAUGGUUAAUAUAUUUUGAAAUAAAAUGCUGUUAAUGUAAAGAAAA